GUGAUGCCAAAUAAUUACAUUGCCUCUGUGACACUUUACGCUGGGGAGAGACCUGGUCCUGAGGUAUGACAAUGGCUUUCUGCCACCUACCUCGUGCUGCAGGGAAGGUACUGGCAGUUCUGACAACUUCACAGCGUGAUAUGAAAAUGAAACUUCAGAUGUAAGUAUCCAAUCCCAUCUGAAAGAUUAGAAGAUGAGGGUUGUCCCACAAAGCCAAUUCAGCUGCCAGAUUGAAAGGAGUUGUUCUGUCUGGAGACAGAUGUGUAUAACAAUAUUAAAUUUUGAGAUAUGUUGUGGAUGUGGAAUAUCUUGAAAGUAGUUAUUUAAGCCAUACACUCAUAUGGUAUGAGAAGAGCAUGAUCUCAUAAUGUUUUGUGUUGAUGCAAAGUACAUCCUAUGUUUGAGCAGAAAUGAAGAACAUUCCAAGUGUUUCAUAAUUACUAUCAUGUGUGUGGUGGUUAAGUCUGUGUUUUUAAAACAAUUUCAGAGCCUUUGUGUAUACUCAUUUCUGCACAAUGGUAAAGACAAAAGUCUUUGUCAAUUUUACUGCAUGAUGUCAACUACAAGAGUCAGUGAUGCAUUAUAAUGCAGAACCCAAAGCAAUUCACGAAGUUAAAUUCUUUUUAACAACAUGGCAUGCUUAGACAACCCUCGAUUGUACAAAAUAAAUGCCAUUGGAGGGCACAGGCCUGCUCUUAUUGCAAAAAGUUAACACCAGUUCAGAAAAAUGCUUGGAACUUUCCUGUAAAAAAUUGAAAUAAAAAAGAACACAAAAAUCAUAGAUAGAACGAAAAAAAGCUUAAAAUGGGAAAGAAAAUGUUCCAAAAAAAGUUCAUUAGUUGGAUUGUUGUAAGCUGUAAGUCUGCUUAACAAAACCAAAGCCAAGAAGAACUCUAUAGCUUUUCUGGUGAUUGUGAAGAAAGUUCUUCAAAAUUUAAUCUUAUUACAAAAUUUCCAAUUAUUGUAAUUCAAAGUGUGAAUAAUCACAUUUUGCAUAAAACUUAUUCAGAUUUUCUUCAUAAAUAAUCCACAAUUUAUUUCUUUAGAUAAUCUUAAGGCUUAAUAAUAAUUUAUUGUGAUCAUUAAUUUUGUAUGAUAACCAGAUGGAAUUCAUGUAACAAGCACAGGGCAUUCUUUUUACAAUUGUAUAUUAUUGUAGCACUAUUUUACAAUUGGAAAAAAUCGUAAAAUAUAUGUCUCAGAUAAUAUUCAGGGUACAAAUUGUGGAAGUACUGAAUGUUGAAGAAAUAUUCUGAAUUCACCUGUUUGGCACUCUCUCUUACCAUAAAUGACCUCAUACUAGUAAUUGUGAAGCAGGUCAGGUAAAAUAAAGCGUCAUGACAGUGUUUGGGAAUUACUGCAUAAAUAUGUAAUCACUUUUGCAUAUGAAAAUUGUGACAUAGAAAUUAGUCAUUAUUUUUAUCAAAAUGUAGUGGAGUAUGCAGAAGUAAAAUUGUCAGCAGUCUUCAACCCCCCAGAAAGUAUUGAAUUAUGCAGGUUAUUCACAGUUGUUUGGUAGGCAUGCAAGAAAUAUUAUUUGCAGUAAAGACAUAGGUAUACAUUGACAUUAACAAAGACCAUGGCUGUAGCUAGUCAGAAAUGUGCCUCAUUAAAAGUUGGAAUGUAUGUUUCUUGAUUUGCUGUUAGUAUUGUAUAUUGUACAUUGUUUAACAGAAUUAUCAGUCACAGCCCAUAAAAUAAUAAUGCGGUGGAGAGAAAUAUUUCACCAUAAUAUGUUUUGUCUUUAAAUUUGGAUAUUGGAAUAUUACAUUUAUCUAAAGUACUGGCCAUAUCCUUGGACUCUACAUUUUGAGUCUUUAUAUUUAACAUAACUUGGCAGUUCACUGUGACAUUCUCAGGGUGUCAGUAAAACUAUUUUCACAAAUGUGUUGUUCAAGAAGUAUCCAAGGAGGACUUCUUGCUGUUUACAAUGCUCAGUACACAAUCAUUCAUUAAUUCACAAUUUUAAACUGUAAUUGUGUGCAUGACAAUUGUGGUAGAGUGUUAUUUAUGUGGCACAGUAUACUUGCCAAGUGAUAGCAUGUGUUAAUGCAUCUUUCUGUUAAACAACUAUUAGUGCUUGAGAAGUUCAGUGGUACUCAGCCAGCAUGAUGUCAUUUGUGGAUGGGGCUAGAUUUUUAAAUUAUUACAUACAAUUUUUAUAGUUUUGAGCUGUUUCAGUGCUCCACAGUGCUUACUGUCACCUGAGUAUUGAGCUCUAACCUGUUCAUAUGGUAUUACAUGGUUUGUCAAGCAAAUCAUCAGUUGGAAUAUUUUAACUCAUUACUUUCACUUCUUAUUUUACACUAUUAAUUUAUUUGCUUUUAUUUAAUUAUACCAAUGUAUUUUAUGAAAUAGUGUAAUUUUGCAUUUUCAUUGUACUUGACAAAGAGGUAAUUGUAAGUGUUUGAAAAAUACUGUAAUGUUGUUACCUCCUUUUGUUUAAUUAUGUUUUAUAAAAUUAUAGGUAAGUUUGAAUGAGUCUUCAAUCCACAAACGUCUAUGAUAGCACUUUCGAUACGAAUGCAAUUAUAGUUUUCGUAUGUCAUUUGAAAGAUGGUAGUUCAUAUUUUAAAAACACAUAAAUAUUUGAAGGUUUUUGCACAAGUCAUGGCGAUAGUCUACUUACACCGUGCGACCUGUGCUAUUUUUACCUAUAUCCCUUUCUUGAGGAAAUAUUUCCUUCAUUAAAAGUGUAUCCCAAGAGGAAUAUAAAAUGUGUAUAGAGAGAGGACUUGGAUCUUGUAUAGGAUCUUGUAUGUUCUUUGGCAAGUUUAUAUUCCAAAAUUAAAAGUGGUGAUGUACAAAGUACAGCUCUUUUCAGUUGGUCAUUUUAAAACUCUAUGGGAUUUAUAAAACAUAGUUGAUAAAUACCUUUCGCCAAGAGCAUUUUGUUUUCUAAAGUAGUUCUGAAGAAUUUAAAAAUGUAGAAGCAGUGUAAGUUUUCAACUUUGUUUUAUAAAGCCUUGUGAAUAAAAUAAGUAAAUGAGACUGUACGUUUGACCAAAUAUUUACUUUAUCGAUACUGAGACCUAUUUUGUUUUAUAUAUUUCAGAAAAAUGAUCUCUGUUGCCCUGUUAUACUUCUGUAUUAUACAAUCUAUGUCAUGGUGCCUCAUUAUGAUGUCACCACAAUAUACAAAUUCUGCUAUUAAAUAAAUUACUAUUCAAAUUUUUAUAAUUUUUAUUGUGUAUGUAUUUUGUUUUACUCCAUAUCUCAUCUUUAAAUAGAU